AUUGCAAUAAAUUUUAAUGCUAAGAAAGCCUUAAUUCUGCACUCUGGAUUGACUCUAGUCAAAGGAACUUCUUAACAGUCACAGCAUAGAUGCAAGAAUUUUAUAUAUUAUAAGAUUGUUUUUUAAAAUAGUUUUUUUUUUUUAAUAUGUACUUUAAUGUUAAGAUUGGCUAAUUCACAGAUUAUAUUUAGGUAUAUCAAAAGAAUUUUCAUUAAUUUAUUCAGAGCUACCAAAGAGAAUAAAAUCACUGUGACACCUAUUACCAUAGCAACAAUGUCACUGAUAAAAUAAGAAAUACCUUUAUCUGAGAUCAUAUUUUAAUUAAAAUACAUCAGAUAUAAUGGCAGCACAACAAAAAGAUAAUUCUGGUGAAGAAAAAAAAAACCGAGUGCCUCUUUAUCCAGGAUUUCCAGAACUUGCCAGAUCUGAUGUCAGCAUAUACCCAUCAUAUACCAAGCUAGCUUUAGCUUAUCGUGUUGUUUGUCGACAUCGUUACCAUUGGGCAAAGGUUGAUCAACGUCGGCAGUUUAUGAAUGAACUACACAGCUUUGAAAAGUUACAAGCUAAUGCCUUGGAUGGAGUUCGAGUUCACCGAGAGUUUUCUCAGGGCAUCUUAUCGCAUAAAAUACCUCCAAGACGCUACAUACAGAAGCUCACCCCUGAUCCUUUAACUUCUCACCAGAGGAUGAGGAUUGAAGAAAUUAUUAGUGGACAAGUAAAUUUCAGCCAGAAGUAAAUUUUCAUCAAUAAUGUAGACCAUAAUAAUGGUAGUGAUUCUGUUGUACAUCAUCCCAAAAUAAAUUCGAUUGGACAAUAAUGUUUGUUAUAAAUGUAUGAGAAAACAAUAUAUAAUUCAAGCAUCAUUAGUACAAUGACUGGAUUAUCAGGAUAAUUAAUGUAAGAUAUGCCACGAAAAAGCACAAAAUACUAUCAAUACACAGUCAUAGUUUAAUUGCUACAGCAAUAAAAUACAUUCAAUUUUAAUUAUAUAUGUAUGAUCAAUUAAA